UCAAAUCCCCAAAACGAAACAACCCCGCAAACGCACUACAAGAAAAAGCGCUUUUAUCGUUUCUCCUUUUUGCAAUCACCUUCACCGGAGAAAACCAAUAUGUCACCGGAGACCUCAAAAAGCCACAAGAUCCGUCGCAUUGUCCGCCUCCGUCAAAUGCUUCAACACUGGCGCAAGAAAGCACGUGCAGCUGCUUGUACAGCACCGCCAUCCGACGUUCCCGCCGGUCACAUCGCCGUCUGCGUCGGCACCGGCUGUCGUCGAUUCAUCGUCCGCACAACCUUCCUUAACCAUCCGAUCUUCCUUAAGUUACUCUCACAAGCGGAAGAAGAAUACGGCUUCGAAACCCGAGGUCCUCUGGCUCUUCCCUGUGACGAAUCGGUCUUUGAAGAGGUUCUCCGAGUCGUCGCUCACUCUGAGUUGAGUAACUCAUCGCGAACUUCCAAUCUUAAGGAUUUAACAAGGCGAUGCGAUGAAGAUGUUAGAAGUAAAAACCUCGAGUUCUUAGGCGAAUCGAGACCUUUACUCUAUGGAUUUUCCGAUAAUAAAUCCGUUUGUUGAAGAGUUGUUGAGGUGAGUUGCCGCCGAGUCGACUCGGAGGAUCGAUGAAUCGAGUUGCGCUGAGUGGAUAAACCUCUUCUCUUUUACUUUAUGUGCUAACAAAUAUCAUAGCCGUAAAAUUAUCGGUUUAUAUUGAAGCUACGGGUCCUCCUUCGGUCAGAUUUGGCCGGAGAGACGGCCAUUAACGGCAAGUCUGUCGGCGUGGAAUCGGAGGUUCGUUUUUUUUUUUUAAAUUCCUCUUUUCUUUCAUAGCUUGUAAAUGCCCUAAUGAGAGGCUUCCAUUAACUUUUCUUAGUAGAAAUUAAUUGAAGAAAAUUAUACAUCAAAUCUUCCUUCA